ACACACACACACUCACUCACACACGCACGCGCAUCCCUGCAGCAACCCAUUUGCUUUCCAGGACCAGCUGUUGGGUGGCGGAGGCACCGGACAGGGGCUCAGGCAGUGGAGGCCCCAGUGGCUCACUUGCGCUGCUCCCAGCGGCCCUGCUCAGAGCCCGGCUCCACACUGGUCCUGAGAGUGAGGCCCAGGCACCCUGUGCUGCUGCCUGCCUUGCCAGUGAUUUCUGUUCUCUUCGCCUCCUCCUCUUCCCAGGAAGACGGCGCGCUCACGACUCUGGACUCUCGCUGGUGCCCCUGCUUCCUCCCCGGGAUGGGCAGCUCCGAAGGCUUCAGCUCAGGCCUGGCCCUGCUCCAGGUGCAGGAAGGAGGGUAAGGAGGGCCGCAAGGCGGGCGCCCCCGCACCUGUCGCAUGGGCCUUCCUGACACCUCCAAGCAUGAGCGGUGAUGUCCUCUAGCCACCCCUGGUGACAGCAGCUGACCGACUGGGACUGGGACUUUCUCCACGACAAGGGGACGGCACCGCAGUCUGCAAUGACUGUCCAGAAAGUGGUGGCCACGGCCGUGCUGGUGGCCCUUGUCUCUCUCAUUCUCAACAACGCGGCGGCCUUCACCCCCAACUGGGUGUACCAGACGCUGGAGGACGGGCGCAGGCGGAGCGUGGGGCUGUGGCGGUCCUGCUGGCUGGACAGGGCCAGGGGAGGGCCGAGCCCGGGGGCCAGGCCCGGGCAGGCGGACACGCGGGACUGUGAGGCCCUGGGCUGGGGCUCUGAGGCGGCGGGCUUCCAGGAGUCGCGAGGCACCGUCAAACUGCAGUUCGACAUGAUGCGAGCCUGCAACCUGGUGGCCACGGCAGCACUUGCCGCAGGCCAGCUCACCUUCGUCCUGGGGCUGACGGGCCUGCCCUUGAUGUCGCCCGAUUCCCAGUGCUGGGAGGAGGCCAUGGCUGCUGCGUUCCAGCUGGCAAACCCAGCAGGACGAUUUCAAGAGCGGCAUUUCGUGGACCUUGUGGGCUUCACGUCUGCAGGCUUCCUCUCUCCAAUUCUGGAAAUCCUAAGACUUUUUCUUAUGAUGAUAAACUUACACCCUAAGGGCCACUUACUCUGCGCUGUGAGAAGGCUGACUUUAUCAUUCCAGAGGUCAGUCGGGGUGAUGCACGGUGUCUAUCUUGGCAACUCGUGAGCUGGUGGGGAUCGUGCUGUUCUCGCAAACCUGCUCAUAGGAACGUACCACUUUCUGUGCUUUACUAUAAAGCAGCACUUGGCUUGGGCCAGACACUUCGCUUUCCUGUCUUCUGAGCCCACUUCCCAAGCCCAGUCCUGCCCCUGCACCCUGGGGAGAGUGUCACCUUCUCCUUUCCUAGACUCUCUCCCUAAGGGGGAGGCACUUGUCCCCACUUUUGCUGCUCACAGCUGAGCCUUGAAUGCCCUGUACACGUUCCGGGGCCUUGGCCAGCGCUGCCCCGUGGAUGCUGAGGCAGGUGUGCUGCUUGAGGGCUCAGGGCUCAGCCACAUGGUCUUCCCACCCGUGGGCCCUGCGUGUGCUUGAUGGCCACUCCAGAGGAAGGCCUGUGACUGCCGGUGGAGCCCUGGGAAGCCGGCAGGAAGGAAGAGAGGAGAGGGCGCUGUGAAGCACAGCGCCACAGCCGCCGGCUCACAGAAAGGGUCUAUUUGCUUUGGAAACACAAGUUCAUGAGGACGGAAUUGACUUCACGUGCAGAAGUCCGUGCAUUUGCUAAAAACUCUCCCCUUAGAUUCGUUUCUGUACAAACAGCGAUGUCACUGAAAAAUUCAGGAGAAAGGGGACCUGAAUAUCAGGAGAAUGGAGAAACUGCACUUCAGGCUGGCUGUGGCGAGAGAACCUUAUCAAAGUAAAAGGCCAGUCUGAUUUCAGGAGGACGUGCCCACACAGGCAGUGCGGGCAGCCGCUGCCUCUCCGCGUCUCUGUGGCUUUCCGCCAUUGCCAUGUGGCGCAUGCUUGGUUCCCGCGUCCCAUGCAUCUGCUCAGGGCACACCACCCCAACUGGCCCAGGGCAGAGUCCACGUGUCCUUGAGCCAGCCCCACUGUGACAUCCACCCACGGCACAGCACCUGGGCCCACUGUUCCAGUCAGUUCUUUGUAUUUUCCUGCUGCAGGAAUAAAUGUAUUUUUUUUUAUGUUAGGGAAGCAUAUCCCUCCUCUGACUGUACGUGUUCCAAGUUGAACUAAGAUAAAGUAAAAGCCAACACUGGUCUUGACACAAAGUCACAUCAAUGUAAAUUUUGUUAACCUUUU